UCGCGGGCCGGCGGGGCGGGGGCGGGGCGAGCGCGGCCGCCGCUGCUGAGGGGGCUCGGCUGGGGCGGCCCCGCUCCGCGUCCGGGGGUCCCGCGCCUCGCCAUGGGGCCCGGCCCCUCUCCUCGCCCGAGCCCCGCGCCACGACCGUCUCGCGCGGCCUUGGCCGUGCUGCUCUGUGCCGCCCUAGCGCUGCCGCCGCCUGUCCGCGGCGCCGGCGAGCGGCGGCGCCUGGCGUGCUCCACCUGCCGGGGCAUCGUGGACAGGUUCAACCAGGGUUUAGCAGAUACAGCUAAAAAAAACUUUGGUGGUGGAAACACUGCUUGGGAAGAGAAGACGCUGUCAAAGUAUGAGUCCAGUGAAAUUCGUCUUGUUGAGAUCAUAGAGAAUCUGUGUGACAGUAGUAACUUCGAAUGUAACAACAUGGUAGAAGAACAUGAAGAACUUAUAGAGAAAUGGUGGUUCAAAUUGAAGAAGAAGUAUCCAGAUUUGUUUAAGUGGUUUUGCAUUGAAACUAUAGAAGUUUGCUGUCCUGCUGGAACUUAUGGACCAGAUUGCCUUGCUUGUCAUGGUGGAUCAGAGCGACCUUGCCAUGGAAACGGCCACUGUGACGGUGAUGGUACCCGAGGUGGAGAUGGCUCAUGUAGCUGUAAGAAGGAGUACACAGGACAAUUUUGUUUGGACUGUUCUAGUGGUUACUUCAGUUCCUUGAGAAAUGAGACACAUUCUGUUUGUACAGCCUGCCAUGCUGCCUGUAAGACUUGUACUGGUUCAAGUAACAAGGACUGCCAGGACUGUAAAGAAGGCUGGAUUAAAAAUGAAGGUGGAGCUUGUGUGGAUUUAGAUGAAUGUGCUGCUUCUCCUUGCAAAGAUCACCAGUAUUGUUUGAACACAGAUGGAUCUUUCUCAUGCAAAGCAUGUGAUGCCAGCUGUGUCGGUUGCACAGGAGAGGGUUCUGAAAAGUGUAAGACCUGUGCAUCUGGAUACAUGAAGGAAGAUGAGAAGUGUACAGAUAUAGAUGAAUGUAACCUUCCUGAAAAGGUCUGCACGAAAGAGAAUCAAGACUGUGUUAAUACAUCAGGUAGUUACAAGUGUGUAUGUUCAGAAGGGUUUGAAGAUAAGGAUGGAACCUGUGUUCAAACUGUAAAACCAGGAGGGGAAGUAGAGAGUGAAACAACUGAGUCUUCACAUACUGAACAUGUUGACUUAUGAUCUGCAUUCAGAACCAAAAGACAUUCCUAUCUACAGUUUUAAAUUAUUGGACUAAGCCUUUGCUAGCUGACAUACUGUGGAAGUGGUAUGAAAUACACAGGUUGCCAUUAAGACUUUGUUUUUACAAUGGUGACAACCUACUCUUUAAGCUGCAGUUCUUUUUUCUUAAAUCCCACUUUUUAUAUAAUUCUUCAAAAACAGCACUCUAGAUGGGUUACUAUAAAAUUUGAAUGAACGUAACACUGUACCCAGCAACUGUAAACAACUUGCAGGCUUCUCAUUCUAGUGCCUACUGAAAGCUAUUACCUUCUGGAAGAAUUUAGUUGCACUUCAUAAUUCAAGGAAAAUUUAGACUGAAGUUUGUUGUUUCUAAUCAUGAGAAAUAUUUCUGUAAUUGAAAUACAGUUUUUGGAAAUUGUCAAAGGAAAUCUCUCUGGGGGGGAGGGAAGCACUGUUCCCUUAAACAAAAUAGAAUGCCUAAUAUUGCAUUCAAUAAAGGUUUAUUUUGUUUGAA